UUUAGCAGAUGUUUGUCAACGGUGUGUAACUCCCGAUGGGGUUCCGACGAUAUUGAGUCAUAUUAUUAAUUAUCAGUGAUUGAGAUAAAACUUAAAAGAUUGCAUUUCUAUUCAGACAGUAAUCAAAACAUUUUAUCCCCUUUUGUAUUUGAGUUUCAUUUCAAACAUGUCAGGAUUUGACGCAAAUCCAUUUGCUGAUCCUUUUGCAAGUAGUCCAUUUUCUGAUCCUGCCGUCACUAGAGUCACAACUCAAACAAACAAUGCUCAACCAGGAUUGGAUGAUUAUAAUCCAUUUGCAGAACAACAACAAUCUCAACAAACGACUAUGGCGGGUGGUGCGUUACCUCAAUACAAUGCACCACAACUGAAACCAGAAUCUUCGCAACCUGCAGUCAUGCAGCCUAUUGCUGAACCUCCUCCAGCUUACAGUCCCACUGCUGCACAACCUUUAAUAUCAGCUGAACUACAAAGAAAAGAGGAGGAAUUGAGGAGAAAGGAAGCAGAACUACAAGCCAAGGAGGAGGCAUUAAGAGCUGGCACAUAUGAUGCUAGAGCAAAUAAUUGGCCUCCAUUACCAAAGACAUUUUGUGUGGGACCAUGCUUUUACCAAGAUAUUUCAGUUGAUAUUCCCCUUGAAUUUCAAAAGUUAGUCAAAACUAUGUAUUAUCUUUGGAUAUAUUAUGCUUGUGUAUUGUGCCUAAACAUGUUGGGAUCUCUUGCUCUUUUGAUUUCUGGAGCCGGAAGUGCAACCUUGUUUGGAUUUUCUUUGUUGGCAUUUUUCUUAUUCAUUCCACUUUCAUUUGCAUGCUGGUUCAGACCACUUUACAAAGCUUUCAGGUCCGACAGCUCUUUCAACUUCAUGGUUUUCUUUUUUAUUUUCUUUUUCCAAUUUAUUCUGUCAGUGAUAUAUGCAAUUGGAAUUGAUGGUGUUGGGUCUUGUGGAUUUAUCAAUGGAGCAAAUGCUAUGGGUGUAAACAAAGUAGCUGGAACUUUAGCUCUUUUAUUGGCUGUUCUGCAUUCAGUAUUUGCAGGAGCAUCAUUUUUUAUGUUAGUUAAGAUUCAUAGAAUCUAUAGAGGAACUGACCAUAGCUUUGCAAAAGCUCAAGCUGAAUUUGCAACUGGAGUUCUUGGAAAUCAACAUGUUCAAAAUGCAGCUGCAAAUGCUGUUGCCGGAGCAGCUCGUCAAUCGUUGAAUCAACAAUUUAGUGGUAAUCGAUACUAGCAAAGUCGUAAUCCCUGACAGUAUGAAUCAAUUUGAAAAUGAUGUGAAGAUCAACUACAUGAAGUUUACCCGAAGAUAGUAAUGGUCUUGUAUUCUUCAUUGGAGCAUCUCUCAAAAGUUGAAACAAAUUUUCUUUACUACAUUAUUUAUUCAUUUGCUAUUAAAAUGAAACUAGACUUUUAAGUCACAAUUCUUUGUCUCUGAAAUUCUCAUGCAUUAUUUUUAAAUAUACAAGUAUGAUUUAACGAUACAUUGUUUCAUGCUCGAUUAAUUGCAAUUGUUUCUUACCAUCAUAAAAAAAGUUAAUAUAUCCUUCAUAGCAGAGUAUUUAGAUAUGAAUGUCCAAUAAGUGUAAUGUGAUAUGUAAAAAAUAUGGACUUCGUGUGACUUAUACAGUUACAAAGACAUCACCAGAAAAGAAAAUUUUCUAUACUUUGCUCUCCUAAAUUCUGUAAAAUUCCUAUGCAAAUAUAAAAUCUCUUAUGUGGUUUAUUUUUAAUACCAAGUGUAUUAUUUAAGUCAAAGCUUAAAAAAUGUUAUGUUUUGGUUUUAGCCAUUGUCUUUGCGUAACACAUUUUUUUUUUUUUUUUUUUUUGUUAAGUUUAAUAUUUAGUAACUUGCAGACGUGGAUAACACUUUACUAAAAAGUUAACUGUAAGCUUUGCUAUUUUACUGUUGCAGAAACAAAGACAUAUAUGCUAAAGUGGUUUUUUGAAAAUAUAAUUAUUCAUCUUUAAAUGUUACAUUAGAUUGCCUCUCGUAGCAAUGAUCAUUGAAUAUGUUUUCACAUACUCAUCUUUUUUCUUUAAUGAUUCCAUUAAAAAGUUUUGUUUUCAUUUCCAAUUGAAUCAUUUUAAUGUAAAGUUUCGAUUUCACACUUUAGAUUCAAGCUUCCGCCCUUUUGCAGUUCUAAGUAGUAGUUUUCAUCACUUUAAAACUCACAAAUGACAUCUGUCUCCGAAAACUCAUAACCUACAUCACAUGUGAAACAAGUUGUUAGUGUUGUUGUCAACAACCUCACAUUUAAGUUGUUAAUGAAGUUUCUGUGUAAUCUUUAGGUUGUGAGUUAAAAUUGGCUUUUUUUCUAUUUUAACAUAAGAUAUUUUUGUACAUAUAUGCAGUAUUUGUUCUUAGAAUGCUAUGCAACGUUUCAGCUUUCUGUUUUUUGCAGCAGUAUAUUUUGUGAUGUCUAAUUUAUGAGCUUUUCUGUAUCUCAAGAAAAGCUGUAAUGUUAAUUGAAAUUGUAAUAAAAUCUUUUAAAUCUGUG